AUGACUGGCAAUAAUGACAACGCAAGUUUGACAGAUAUUAUUGUGACAGACCCUGUCAUCGCUGAACAAAAUGAGCUGAUUGCACAAUUGGUGCAACAAAUCGCCGAAAUGAGAGUUGAGAUACGAAAAAAUCGAGAGUUGUCAAAUCUGGCUAUUGCCGCCAACACCCCGGUUCCAGGCGAGGGAAGGCCUCCAUUCCAUUUCCCUUCUCCAAAUUCAAAUACGGAACAUGUUCAAAACCCACUCUUAAACCCCGCUCAAAAUACCUUCAUUGUUGACCUCACUGCCUCAAAUCCCCAUCAUGCCACCGCUUCCUACCAAACAUGUCCCCAAAAUUACCAAGCUCCUCAAAAAACACCUUUCCAAAUCCCAAUCCCAAAUGAACCCUAUGCCAAUGGUUCCGAGCUUGAUCACUAUGAGGAACAAGAAAGAGAGUGGAGGGUGAAGGAAGAGACAACCAAAUGGAACAUGAAAGAGGAGAUCAUGAAAGCCAUGAAGGAGUUUCAUUACACUCCGGAUGUUGCAGGAAUAAAUUACGAAGAUUUGUGUAUCCACCCGAAUUUAGACCUUCCCGAGGGGUUCAAAGUGCCAAAAUUUGAUACUUUCGGAGGAACCGGGAAUCCUUUGGCUCAUCUGAGGGUGUAUUGUGAUCAACUAGUAGGAGUUGGGAAGAACGAGGCUUUGCUAAUGCGGCUCUUUAGCCGAAGUUUAAGCGGGGAGGCUUUGGAAUGGUUCAGCGCCCAAGAAAUAAAACAAUGGUCCAAUUGGAAUGCUCUGGCCAAAGAUUUUAUCGAGAGGUUUGCGUACAAUGUGGAGAUCGUUCCCGAUCGUUAUUCUUUGGAGAAAAUCAAACAAAAGUCUGCUGAAAGUUACCGAGAGUACGCCUAUCGUUGGAGGAAAGAGGCUGCUAGAGUGAGACCUCCCAUGACUGAGAAAGAGAUUAUUGAAAUCUUUGUACGCAAUCAAGAGCCUGAGUACUAUGACAGGAUGUUGUUGCUCGUAGGAGCGAAAUUUGCUGAGGUGGUCAAAAUUGGUGAGACCAUCGAAGACGGUCUUAAGACCGGAAGGAUUACCCAUGUGGCCAUCCAAACUGGGCCUUCAGGUUUGUUCAAAAAGAAAAGAGAAGAUGUGUCCUUUAUUUCUCAUGCGCCUGGCAAAAGGUUACAAAGAUCAUCCAAUUUUAGCUCCAGAAAAACCUCACCCACCAGAAUUUAUCCCCCAUCUCCACAAAAUUCCUACCCAAUGUUUUACGUUCAGCCGAGUUAUCGAACUCUACCUCCUAAUUACCUGCCUCCACGCUAUCAAAAUGCUCCUCGUGGCUACCAAACUCCACAGUGCCCAAAUUUCCGAACUCCCGCAUCUUUACACCAAAAUCGUCCUAGUUAUCGUCAUGUACCCCCACCCCCACAAAAUAACUGUAACCUUACCCAAUCCAAUUUUGAAAAUAGGCCUGCUAGGAUUUUUACUCCUCUAGUGGAAAGUCGAACUAAGCUGUUUGAAAGACUGAGAGAUGCAGGUAUUAUUCAUCCCAUUGCACCUAAAUCGACUAAUACAAGCUCUAGAUUCUUCAGAGCCGACCAAACAUGUGCGUAUCAUUCCAACAGUAUAGGGCAUGAUAUUGAAACUUGUGUUAAUUUGAAGCAUAAGAUUCAGGAUCUGAUUGAUCGGGAGGUCGUCACUCUCCAAACCGCUGCUCCCAAUGUUAAUAAUAACCCCUUGCCGAAUCAUGAGGGGUGA